AUGGUCGACCUUACCGCCGUCAAAGCCUCGAACGGCCGCCUUCCCACCCGCCUAACCGCCGUCUUCGUCGGUGGCACCUCCGGAAUCGGCGAAUACACCCUCCUCGCCUUCGCCAACCGCUGCCCCUAUCCCACCGCGUACUUUGUCGGGCGCUCGCAAGCAGCCGCAGAUCGCAUCCUGGCGAACCUCAACAGAAUCAAUCCCAAAGGCACCUACCAUUUCAUCAAAUCCGACGUCGCAUUCGUCAAGAACGUCGACGCGGUAUGCGAAGAGAUCAAGAGCAAGGAGGGAUACAUGAACAUCCUGUGCCUCAGCCAAGGAACCAUGAUCCAGGGAAUCGAAACCGAAGAGGGCCUUAACGCCGCCGCGAGCCUGAUUCUGCACUCGCGGACGCGAUUUGCCCUGAAUCUCCUCCCACUGCUGCAAGCGGCGCCUAUCCUGCGGCGCGUCCUAUCCAUUUCGUUCGGUACAAAAGAAGGCCCAAUGCCGAUCAACGACCUACAAAUGCGCAAUGUGCCAGCAGGCCAGCUCCUCAAGUUCCGAGGACAGGCGGCAUCUGGUGUCACGUUGUCGCUUGAACAAGUAGCGAAGCGGGCGCCGGGCGUCUCGUUCAUCCACGACUUUCCGGGACCGGUGCGGAGCAAUAUUGCAAGAGGCGGAGGAAUUGCUAACUUCGUUAUGAGGGCCCUAUUUAAGGUGAUUGGACCUUUUGUGUAUAUUCCGAACGAUGAGAGCGGGGAGCGGCAUUUAUUCCUUGCGACGAGUGCGGUUUUCCCGGCCAAGGAUGGCGGCGCGAACGGGGUUCUGAUUGACGGUGGAUUAACGACUGCGAGCGGGACGAACGGAGAGAUCGGGAGUGGCGUGUACGUUGCCGAUGAGAAGUGUGAGAGCACGUUUCCGAAUGUCGUCAAGUUGCUCACGGGGCUGAGAGAGGAAAGGAAAGAUGAAUGGGUGUGGAAGGAGAUUCGGGGGGACUAUUUGCGUAUCACUGGGAAGGAAAGCGUAUGA